ACAACAAAGCGAUGCUGGAACUGAAAGCACCUGUUGUCUUUGUGUGGUCAUCACUGGUGGAUAAUUCGGGAUAAUUACUCAUCCACGCAUUGCUGUUUGCCUGUGCUGCAGUCGAACUACUUCGUGUGAUGCACAUGUCUGAAUAUUAUCAAGUUAUGGCAGGAAUGCAGAAAACCAUCUGCCAGUUACUUGUGCAUUUCAUGCACUGUAUGGCACGUUGAACUCCUCAUUGGAACUUGCCAGCUAUGACCUGGUGACUGACUGGAAAGCAAAGUGUCUGUGGCAUCUAGACUCCCAGACUUUCAUCGGAGUGAGUGUAAGGAGGGCUAUUUUUAUGGUGCACACUUGUGUGCGAUAAUUGUAGAAACUCGGAUGGAAAGUGAACAAAACUUGUGUGCACAUACGGUACAUGUACAUGUAUUAAUCAGGAAGCCUACCAACGAGCUGUCGGUGAGUUCUUCUUUCAACCAGUGCAUUGCGAAUCGUACAUGUACAUAUAUGUGUACCACAGUGAGAGACUCCAUUCUACAAGCUCUCACGCUGAUGAUGUUGUGCUUGUUUUAAACAGUUUCCACUUUUUUGUGAAGGAUUCGAGACAAAUUUGAGCUAACAGCUGUGCACCUUGCAGUCUGUAGAUUGAAACUACCACUUAUUUUGGCUGUCAGUGUCCCCAAUUGUAUCCAAAGUUUGUCAGCAGAGUUUUGGCAAUAUUCAAACCUGGAAAAGAAAGACGUGGACGAUUCGCUGAAGUGAUUUUACAUAGUCAAGGGAAGAAAACCUCUUUUGAAAAGUUCCUGGGAUGUACAUGGAAGUUCUGGCCAUGCUGUGAAAUAAGCAGUUUUCCACGUGUAUGGGAUUUUUAACAUUUAAAGUGACAGAUUUUGUGAGAGCUGUAAGCUACCAAAAAACCAUUUAUAAUGGAGAUGUCAUACCAAGACGGAGCUCCACCCACUGACAGCGAGGCCGCGAAUCAAGGCAGCACCACUUCCUCUGCCAACACAAGCUACAAGCCCUUGAUUGAUGGUUCAGAUGGUGGUUACCAGAACAAGUCCAGGAAAGAAUCAGAGUAUGAUGGGCCAUCUACAGCAAACGCAUGGUGGUGGCAACACCCUGAUGUCAGGCGGAAUUGGAAAGCUGUGCUGGGCUCAAUUGUUAUGCUCAUCGUUGGGAUUUUGCUCAUAGCUGCAGGAAUUGUCUUUGAAGUUACCCGCCAAGAGCAUGUGGCCUGUGCGAUAUUUAUCAUCAUCGGGGUCCUUUUCUUCAUUCCUGGUUUGUACCAUACUGGAUACAUCUACUUUGCUGCGAAGGGCAUCCGAGGCUUUGACAUGAACAAGCUCUCCAUUUUCAACAUGUCAAGGUGAAAGACAAAAGAUUUGGGAGAGGAAGUGGUAUCUCUAUUGACGCCGCGUGGCUAAAGACGUUUGUUAUUCUGACUCAUUUAUUGUCCGCUGAGAAUUCUCAGAAAUUUGCCUUAAUCACCAACCUCCCUAUAUCAGCUGGAUAGCAUAUUCAGACUCGGGCACGGAAGUCACAAGAUACCCUAUUUGGAGGCCCAAGAUGAAAUUGAGAUCUCAGAGUGGGCUUUCAAAUCUUGACCGUACAGCCCGUUUUGUGUGGGUUAAGGUUCUUUACAUUCAUACCAGAAAUUUAAAGCAAAAAUCUCCUUCAUGGAUCAGUUAGUUCUAACCGGAUAUAACUUGAGUGCCUGGGAAAUUACAACAUGUAUAGCGUGCAACGCUGCACCAAAACAGAUGGCAACCAUAAUCCACCCCCAGCUGAAGUGCGCCCCCAAUCGGCGAAAGAAAGACAGGUGGUUACAAGCAGGUUCUUGCAUGCAUUCUGUGUGUACGCAAAGACCCAUACAUGCCAGAAUAAAUUAAUUACGGGUACUCAGCGUGCUCCACGUCAAAUGCGCAUGUACUUGCGCACGUACUUGCGCACCUCAUGGCGCACCUGUGUGGUAAGUACCAAAAACACACGCCCUCUUUUGUUCCGCUCGGAGCAGAUAGGGGGCCCCCCAAAAGUUGAAUCACAAAGGCCUCAUUUGUUUGUGCAUAGCGAUAGGCACGUGUAAUAUUCAGUCAGUAUUAAAUUAAUCCCCCUCUAUGCAGUAACCACAUGCAGGGCUCCUCCUUUAUAAAAACUGAAUCAGGAUAUGAAGUAGUGAAGCAAACAAGGUUUUGGUUCUUGAUUUCGAUUGAUCAAGCUGGUAGGCCUAAAGCAUUGAAAAAACACACAGCCGUAGACACUCAUUAGGAAGGUUCUUUGGAGUAAUUCAAAUUCAAUACCUCUUUACGUUGUCAAUUUUGUUUAUGACACGUCUUAGCCCUUAUUGUACAUAUCAAUGAGUCUGAAAUGGUAUCGAAUUGCAGCACUAAGCAAAGAUUGUUCUUAAUUAUUUAUUGUGUAAAAUUGAUUUUCAGCCAGUAAAAACGCCAAAGGAAUUCACUUGAAAGAUAUGUAUUAUGAAAUUGCAUAAAUUCGUAAAUAUUUAUUUCAAUUCAUAAGGAUAUCUGCUGGUUCAUACAGGUUUGAAAAGUACUAUAAAUAUUUUGUUGUGGUUGCGUUAAGAGAAGUAAUUAAUAUAUGCAUGUUUUAGAAAACUUCCAUAGUUAUUUCAAAUUGAGGCAUAAGCUUCUAGAGUUCACGUUUGACAAUUUUGUGUUCUUUUAAGUAAUUGAUAUAUGCAUGUUUUAGAAAACUUCCAUAGUUAUUUCAAAUUGAGGCAUAAGCUUCUAGAGUUCACGUUUGACGAUUUUGUGUUCUUUUAUGUAACUUUAAUAAUGCACACCCACCAAAUUUUGACGGUGACUGUGCAAACUUAAAUGAAUGUGCAAAAUAUAGCAAAUUUUUAGCCAUGAUUUUGUCAUCGGUCGCAACUCAAUCUUGCGUUGAUAUGAAAGAAGUGGAGGAAUAGUGUAACACUAAGUGUAUGUGGUUCAUGAGCAGUCUGUGAUAUGACGUCCCUUCCCCCCAGGUGCUGAUGCCGCUAGGUUUCAUGGGGGGGGAAUGGCCAAAACCUGGGGCUUUGGGGGGAGAAUUAUGUGUUGGCAUUUCGGGGGUCAAGUUUAUCUCUUCAAAGUGUGUAAAUAAUCAAAAACAGCCUAAACCCUAAGAGAGGCAAUAAGCAAUUUGCCCCCUCCCCCACAAAAAUGGUUCUGGAUCCACCAUCGAGGCCCACCCCCCCGGCCUGAAAUCAUCUGACUGUGCCACUGACAGCAUGUACACUGUAGUCACAACUGUCCGUGUUACAACCAAAGUGGGACUUUUUAAUUAGCGUUGCUAUACAAAAUGCACAUUGAUGAGUACACAGUACUAUACUGCAGAAAUUAACAAGCGCAAAUCUGUAAUGAUGACAACACUGACUGCUAAGUUGAAGUGUCCCCGGCCAUUUAUAAAUUUGGUGUCAUGUUUUUGUUAGUACAUUUUAAAAGUUCUUUGAAUUCAACUGUAUCAAACCUUGGACUUAAAUUUAUAAAAAAUAACUCCAAACAAUUAUGUAAAAAUGACUAUUUUUGUAACACGUGUGUUUCUUAAUUAAUAAUUUGUAUUAUUUUUAUUACUUUAUACAGGGUCCCAUUAGACCCAUUCAGCAUAUAAAUGAUGGGUGUACAUGUAUCAUGCACGUACUGAAAUGCCCUCAUACUAUUUUUAAUUUUAAGAAAUUUCCAUAAGUCAAUUCAGUAUUAGAUCACUCUUGCAGGAUGCAAUAGAGGGAAUGAUUGAAAUAGUGUAAGUCAUCAGGUAGGAGAUUUAAAAUGUGUAAAUUUCAGUUCAAUGCAAUUCCAGACUUAUUUAAUUACAUUAUAGUCAGCUGUAAUGAAAAGAUUUUUUAAUUAUUCACCGAGUUCCAUGGAAAAGGUUAUAAAAAGUAAACGGACUUGCCCACAGAUUAAGUUUUGGUUUGCUUUCUGUUCACAUCGGUGCAUGUGUGAAGUAACAAAGAGCUUCCCUCAAGAUAGCAAAGUAUUGAAAACCGGAAACGGACACAGUUAUGCCACAGAGCGAAAAACAUACGAGUGGAAAUGUGAUUAAUUGAACCGGUAAGCCUCGAUGGGAGUGGCUGAUAGCAUCAGAAAUUUGCUGGUAUCUCAAGCACGCCUGAAGUAGUGUGUUCAUUUUUGUUGACGGCCAUAAGGGAAGUGUUAUAUUGCUCAGUAACCUGUAGGCUGUAUUUAUGUUUAAAAUUGAGAGGCACAGCAUUCUGUCACUCCUGCCAUGCUCCAAGAGGUACCUAUCCGAGGGGUGGGGGGAGGAGACUUCCCUUACCUCAGCCCUGGGACAUGUUCCCACUGUUGGUGAUACCUUGAAAGUGCCAGCACUUGAGAAAUGGCUCUAGGCACUUUGGGGGUGGGGGGGAGGUAGGAGGAUUCUAUCGUGGAUGGAAAAGGGGACAAUUACCUAGAAACAAGUUCCUCGUUUACAUGCCCCGCCCCCUUAAAACACAGAUACACCACUGGAUCUGUUGUAAUUUUCCAGGAUGGCUAGCAAACCUAUUUCAAAUCGCAUGUUGAAUAUUUAGCACUCUAUUUUGUAGCCUGCAUAUUUGAAAUUCACCAAGAAAGGAGUAUGAUUCAAAGAGAUACAUGUAUGUACCGCUGCUAUUUCAUGCAGCUUUUAAGCUUGCUCAAGGCCCUUUUUCAGGUCGUGUUCUCUUAUUGCUUCCACAUUGGAGAUUUUUUUUUUAGGAUGUUCAUUUAUUGUGUAGGCCAACAAAUUUAAGGGGAAAAAUGAAUUUUCUCAAAACACUGCACUAUCUCUUAAACCAGGAAGGUUAAUAUAUUGUACAACUUUCCAUAAUACUGCAGCGAUUUGGGGGUCAGGUAGUCUUUACUUUCUUCUCGACACAUCUCAUCGUAAAGUGUACAAAUUAGAGAAAAUGAAAUUGAACUUUUAGUCGAAAUAAAAUGGCUUCUUGUAAUAAAGUUUCAGAUGAGUAGAGUAACUUCA